AUGUCGCUGCUGCACCACUUAGUCACACUGCCCUCGCGGCCUAUCACGCGUGAUGCGUACCUGCCACAGUUACAAAAUCUGCUGCGGUCCGGUAUACCGGCCACAUACACGCUGGAACAGCUGGCAGCAUACGAGAAGGGAGACGAGGAAGGGCCUGGCGAUGAGGACACCAACACGACGCCAUUGCACAUCAUGGCGAGGUCGCUUCCAGAGGCAGGGCAGCUGUCCGAGGCAGAGAGCGAGGUGGUACUGGAAAUAAUGGAUACCCUCUUCCAGUAUGGCGCUGGCUGGAACUUCCUGGACUACGAGCAAAAACAUGCGGGUGACCUCCUCCUGGAGAAGGGAUAUGGCCCGGGCGACGCCCUAUAUGAGCGCCUGGUGGAGGCAGGGGUGGCAGCUGAGCUGCUGCUGCGCAAGGUGAAUGGCGGCGAAAUAGAAUUUUUGGAUGGGUCUGAUACCGAGAUGGGCGACAAGGGCGGCUCUGCGCGCGACGUCCCGGCAUCCGCCGACAGCGCGCCAGCCGACAGCGCAGGGCACAGCAGUUCGGAGCCCACUGCCGUGGACGCAGAUGCCACCGCUGCGCACCAGGACACCUACCUACAGACGGAACUCGAGUACAUCCCCGGCGCGCUUGUCACCAAGCACAACCGCGACGGCGUGAUGAUGGACUGGGAGACUGACAUCAUGCGCGUCGCCGCCGCGUCGAUCGUCAAGAACCGCGAGCCGGCCGAGUGCCAGGUGCUCAACAUCGGCUUUGGCAUGGGCAUCAUCGACGGCUUCCUGCAGGAGCAAAGGCCCACCCGCCACUACAUCUGCGAGGCCCACCCCGACGUCCUGGCACGCAUGCGCCGCGAGGGCUGGUACGAGCGCCCUGAUGUCGUCAUUCUCGAGGGCCGCUGGCAGGAUACCCUGUCCCGCCUGCUGGACGACGGCACCGUCUUUUUCGACGGCAUAUACUACGAUACCUUCAGCGAGCACUACACAGACAUGCUCGAGCUGUACGACCUGGUCGUGGGGCUCAUCAAACCGUGCGGCAUUUUCUCGUUUUUCAAUGGGCUUGGCGCAGAUCGCCAGGUCUGCUACGACGUAUACCGCCGCAUUGUCGAGCUCGACAUGGCGACCUAUGGCAUGACUUGCGAGUACACCACGAUCGACUUGCGCCAGCUGCCCACGUGGGACAACGUCCGCCGUUCCUAUUUUAAUUGCGAUCACUACUACCACCCAGAGAUCUCCUUCCAGUGA